GCAAGAGGAUUGGGUUGGGUGGAUUCGGGUUGAGCCCGACGCUAAUCGCAGCGCGCCCCGCCGCCCCUCCGCGAUCGCACCAAAAACCCUAGCAUUUCCGCCGCAUUAUAUAGAGUUGCCGCCGACGCCGCAACUCUCCCCCCCUCGUCUCUCUCUUUUCUGGGGUCAGGGUUUUCGCCUCGAUCGGAAGACAUGGCGGUUCCGUUGCUUGCGAAGAAGAUCGUUAAGAAGCGUGUCAAGAAGUUUAAGAGGGCCCAGAGUGACCGCAAGAUUUGCGUCAAGCCAAACUGGCGUAGGCCCAAGGGUAUUGAUUCCCGUGUGAGAAGGAAGUUCAAGGGAUGUACUUUGAUGCCCAAUAUUGGUUAUGGAUCUGACAAGAAGACCCGGCAUUAUCUGCCCAACCGUUUCAAGAAGUUUGUGGUUCACAAUGUCUCUGAGUUAGAGUUGCUUAUGAUGCACAACAGGACUUACUGUGCUGAAAUUGCACACGAUGUCUCUACAAGAAAGCGCAAGGAGAUCGUAGAGAGAGCUGCACAACUUGACAUUGUUGUCACGAACAAGCUUGCGAGGCUACGCAGCCAGGAGGAUGAGUGACCUAGUUUUAGAAACCAGCACUUUUUAUGGUUAUCCAUUAUUUUGGUUUUGGUUUUCAUUCUGUUGGGUUCUAUCCUCUAGGCAACAGAUCGUUUUGAUGUUGACCUGUUUUCAAUGAUGACCGAACAUCAUUGCUCACCAAUAGCUGAUUGUUGCUCUCACUUCUAUAUUUAUGCACUCUUUUAUAACCAUUGUUGAUGUUGAUAAUUAGGUUGGAAGCUGUUUGGAGUUCUGCGCAUGAUCA